AUGACUAGUCUAGCUGUUGCUCUUCUGUUUGGUAUUACAUUAGUUGAUUGUAUUUCUGCAUCAACCAUUCCUCGUUCAAAAUAUGUUCCAAAUUCUAUUCAUAAGUAUACAUCAGGUCUGAAUUAUUAUUGGAAUUUAUUACUCGAUGAUGAUAGUCUUUAUGUUGGUGGACAAAAUAUGAUUGUUCGAUUAAAUCGGGAUAAUAUUGAAGACAGAACCAGCUCAGUUUAUAAAUCCAUUGACAUUCCAUCGAAACGUGAUGAAGUACAAAAAUGCUUGUCACAUUCGUUAAACCAGGCAUUUGAUUGCGAAAACCACGUUCGAGUAUUAUUACGUCGAAAGGGUAAAUACAAUGAUGUAUUUGCAUGUUCAACCAAUGCGUUUUCACCAAAAAUAUACUACUUUAAUCCUGAUCUAACGGAAAAACAAGGAAGUAAAGAAGGUUUUGGUUAUUGUUCACGUGAUCCUCGACAUAAUAACACUGCACUUUGGUCAGAUGAAGGAAAUCCCCACAAUUUUGGAUUUUUCUAUACGGGCGCUGUGAUUGAUUAUACGAAAACUGAGCCAAUCAUUUAUCGGCCACCAUCUGACGAUGGAACUGUGAAAUUCUUACGUACACCUCAAUAUGAUACAGAUUGGUUAAGCGCACCGGAAUUUAUCGCAUCUUUCGACGUUGGUUCAAAUAUCUAUUUCUUUUUUCGAGAAAAGGCUGAAGAACAACGUGAUAUCUUUCCAAAAAUCUAUUCUCGCGUUGGUCGUUUGUGCAAAAAUGAUGUCGACACGGCAACAAUCAUGGCCAAUACGUGGACAACAUUUCGCAAAGCAAGAAUCAGUUGUUUAAGCGGAACAAAUGAAUCACCUUUCGUAUUCAACGAAAUCAAUUCCGUAGCCAAACUUGCAGAUGAUCGAUUCAUAAUCUCAUUUACCAGCACACCUGGUGAUUUAACAACAUCAAUUAUUUGUGAAUAUUCUCGACGAGAUAUCGAUGCAGCGCUUGAUGGAAACUUCAAAGAAGCUGACUCGACUAGUUUCUGGAGAGAAUUACCACGUGAUCAUGUUCCUGAAGGUGUAGCAAAAAAUUGCGAAUCUAAUGGCUCGUUGUCCGACACAGCUUUAAGUUUCCUUCGAUCACAUGUUCUUAUGAACGGAAACAUCUUCUCUUCUCCGCCAAUGGAAAUUGCUUUCCAAACGUCAGAUACAAUUAUCACUCGACUUGUGACAGACUCGAUUAGCCCAAAUACUGAUUAUCCAAUGACAUUGAUCUAUGCUGGUACACAAGAUGGUCAAGUUUUAAAACUAGUACAAAGAAAAGCAGGAGAAAAAUUCAUCUUGCUGACUUCAUGGAUCUUAGAUGAAAACAUAAAUGAAAAGUCACCUGUUAGAAACAUGGUUCUCGCUCAGGAUACAAAACAAUUGUACGUUUCAACAGAUGCAGCUGUUUAUCAAUUCUCAGUAAAUCAAUGUAAUCGAUAUAUGCUGUGCACGGAAUGUGAACGAGAUCCAUUAUGUCAUUAUGAUGUUCAACAAAAUCGUUGCUCAAAUGUUGAUGAAAAUCAUGUCAAAUCAGCAAUUGCUCGUUUACAACCGGAAUCAUGGUGUAAGAAGUCCGUACAACGUCCAAGUAAAAUACUUCAAUUAACACGAAAGAAAGGAGAAACCGUCUGGUUACAAUGCGAUGUUAGCGAAUAUUUGCGUUCGUCAAUUGAAUGGCGUUGGAAUGGUCGAAAUAUUCAAGAAACUCUAUUCAACAAUUACCUUCUUACUAAAGAACACAAUUUAAUCAUCAUUAACAUGAAUAAUUCACUCAAUGGCCAGUAUACCUGUUUCGUAGGUCAUCAGCCAAUUGUUUCCUAUUCACUCGAAACAGAUCGUGAAGCAUAUGUCUAUGGUGAUGUAUCAACUACAAUUACAAAUCUCUCGCGACGCAAUGGUGAAUGUAAUUGCUUAACAGCUGAGAAAUAUAUUGAAAAAUACAACGAUUGGUGUAAAGAAUUUGAAAAUUAUCAACGUGCCUAUAACGAAUGGGAAGUUUUGCGGGAUCAAAGUUGUCCCAAGCCUUAG